GCGGUUUCCCUCUGCCAUUCACAUAUCUCACUUUCUAGACUGAAAAUUGAAUUAUUGCUAUGAAUCAGUUGGAUUUAAAUGACCAUGGAAAGUACGAAGUGCUUUCCAAUGCAUCAUCAGAAAAUUCGAGUGUCCAAAAUGAAAACCCAGGAGAAGCUAUAGUUAUCGCUCAUCGAGGAUACAGUGCAAAACAGCCAGAGAACACACUUGCUUCAUUUCGAGAAGCAGCAAAAGCCGGCAUAAGGCACAUCGAAGCCGACGUUCGCCUUACCAAAGAUGAAGUCGUUGCCAUCUCUCAUGACCGACGUUUGAAGCGCAUGUAUGGAGUAGAUACAUACGUACAUGAUAUUGAUUAUGAACAUGAAAAUGGCCAUUUUCGAACCAUUCGAGAACCUUAUGAGCCUUUACCAACAUUUCAUAUGUUCUUAACGGAGUUGCUAAAGUAUCGUGGGGUUCAAUUGUAUGUAGAUAUAAAGCCUGAUGUUGACAUUUUCAUUAUCCCGAAAAUGGUUGACUGUAUGCUUAACAUCAAUCUUGAUUUAAAUUUUUGGGCAGAUAAAGUUAUUUUCUGUAUUUGGUCUCGUCGUUUUCUACCGGCUUGUGAUAAGUACGCUCCUACGAUCAAGAUUUGCCAUAUUGGAUUCAACUUUUCUUAUGCUCAACAAUACUUUUUAAUGCAUCCUCGAGUCAUUGGAGUCAACAUGGCCGUAGCGCUGCUUCUACUCCCUUCUUCACAGGACUUUAUCGAAAUGGUUCAUGCUCUAAAUAAAAAAGUUAUUACCUGGUCCGUAAAUACUCCCGCUGCAUUCUACCUUUCUUUGAAAAGAAAUUGUGAUGGUGUCAUUACAGAUGAUCCUGUUGUAGGAAAGGCACUUUGCAACGGACCCAUUCUUACGAAAACUUGGUAUUGGUUUGACUAUAAAGAAUGGUUUCUUCUGCUUAUUGGUUUUCUCCGUGUAAAUGCCAUUUUUUAUAUUAUUAGAAACAUUUUUCUAUGAUUUUCGCUUUUCUCCUUAUCAUAUGCUUAUGUUGAUUUCAUAUAUGCUUUGUAAACCCUUUGGGAGUAUCUAUUGUGUUUGAUAUUCCUAUAUAUUUGCUUUUUUGUUACCAUAUAAACUAAUGACCUUAAAAUAAGCUUUCUCCUUCUUUUUUUUCAGUUUAACUCUUGUCUUCCAUGAAUUGAAUUGAAUCGAAGUCUGGACUUUACCUAGUGCUUGCUCAGAGUUUCUAAAUUUUCAUUUACAUAUAAUAAUUUGUUGU